AUGAAUAAUAUACAAGGUAUUAAUACAACUGAUGUUUCUAAGAUUACUUCAGGACAAGUGAUUAUUGAUUUGAAAGCAAUUAUUAAAGAAUUAGUUGAAAAUUCAAUUGAUGCUGAAAGUACUAAAAUCGAAAUCAUUUUUGUCAAUUAUGGAAUUGAUUCAAUUUCAAUUCAAGAUAAUGGAAUUGGUAUCAAUCAAUUAGAUUUUGAAACAGUAUGCCUUAGAAACCAUACAUCAAAAUUAGCUGAAUUUGCCGAUCUAGAAUCAUUAAAUACUUUAGGAUUUAGAGGGGAAGCUUUAAAUUCAAUUUGUUCUAUUUCAAAAUCAGUUUCAAUGAUAACAAAUACAAUUAAUGAUUAUCCUAAAAAUUAUCAUUUAAAAUUUGAUCAAUUUGGUAAAUUAUCUUCCAAAAUAGAGAAAAUUGGUGGUAUAAGUAAUAAAUCAGGUACUUUAAUUAAAAUUGAACAAAUUUUCCAUAAUUUACCAGUUAGAUUAAAGAAUUUUAUUAAGAAUAAUAAGAGAGAAUUUCAAAAAUCAAUAAAUUGGUUAAUUAAUUAUUUAUUGAUUUAUCCCAAUAUUAAAUUUACCAUUUAUAAUCUUAUAAAUUCCAAAAAACAAUUAAUUUUAUCAACAAAGGGAGGUAAAGAUUGUUCAAUAAUUGAUAAUUUAAUUUCAAUAUUUGGUAAUAAUGGAAAUAAGAAUUUAUUACCCAUUUCAUUAAAUGUCAAUUCCGAUAUCAAUUUACUGGGAUAUAUAUCAUCCUAUUCAUUCGGCUUGGGUCGUUCAACCCAAGAUAGACAAUUCUUAUUUAUAAAUAAACGACCAAUUAUUCUUAAAAGUUUAUCGAAAUUAAUUAAUGAAGUUUAUAAAUCUUUUAAUCAUGUUCAAUUUCCUAUUUUCAUUUUAAAUUUGGAAAUUAAUACUAAUAUAUUGGAUGUAAAUUUAUUACCUGAUAAAUCACAAGUUUUAAUUCAUCAAGAAUCUGAAUUGUUGGAAUUGAUUAGACAGAAUUUAAUUGAGUUUUAUGAAUCCCAAGAUAAUAUCAUCAUUCCAAAGAAUAACAAUGUCUCUUUACAACUGGUUAUUAAACUGGUUGAUCAAGAGAUUGAACAAGGAGCAUUAUUGUUGCAGAAUAGAAAACUGAAAAGAAAGCUACAGGCUGAGACCGCGGACGAAAAGUUAUUCGAAGAAGAUUUUGAGGAUGAAGUUGUUGGGAACAUCGAUGACGCUGUUGGAAACAUCCUGAGGAAAGAGACUGAACUAGGAAAUGGAGAGGGUCACAAAGGUUUUGUACUGAGAGAACCGAAACAAAUAGAUAUUUUAGAUCCCGAUGACAUCUGUAAAGCUGUUGACGAAGAAUAUGAAAGUGAAGAAGUAGACGAAAAAAGUGAAGUAGAUAGCCAGAAUGACAUAACAAGGCCGUAUGAGAAACAAUUAGACAAACAGCCGCCACCAAAUGCCGCCUUUGAGAUUACUAGAAUAGAGUCCUCUACAGGGAAAAUACAAGAGCAAGAUAGCGUGGAUAUAGAGGAUGUUGACGAGGAAGAAGUGGGCGACAUAGAAGAGUCUGAAGAGGAAAGUGUCGCUUUGCACAAUGUUCCUGUUGAAAUUAGCAAAUCCACCACUUCUGCACCACUUAGUUCAUCUCAAUGCUGUUCAAUAACUCAAGGCGACUCUAUUUUCAGUUCUGAAUUUUCCCCGUCGUCAAUAGACUCAAUUGAACAACAGCAAAGCAAGACCGACCAUUGCAAUCAUGCGGAUGAUCAGCAUGGAAUUAACUUUUAUCCCGUAAAGGAUGACAUUUUGACUAUAGAAGUUGGGUCAAAUGUCUUUGAAGAAAGUCUGAUGGAACGUCCAAGCAAACGGGCUAAGAAACUGAACAAUCUAUAUCAAACAAGAGUUGGCUAUAGUUCUGAACAAUUGCUAUCGAAUUUAAAGUUGCAAUAUUUUGAUAACAAUAAUUUGGAACAGGAAGGGAAGAACAAUAAUAUUACAAUCAAUCAAGAUUUGAUUGAUAAUGAUAAACUAUAUCAUAUCCGUAAGUCGGAUUUUUUAUCAAUGAAAUUAAUUGGUCAAUUUAAUUUAGGGUUUAUAUUAGUUAAUCAUCAUGAAAAUAAUUUAUUCAUUAUCGAUCAACAUGCAAGUGAUGAAAAGUUUAAUUUUGAGAAUUUACUUGCUAAUUUUCAAAUCAAAUAUCAACAUUUAGUUCUUCCUAAACAAUUAGAGUUAAAUAUAAUUGAUGAAAUGACUGUAAUUGAACAUGAAAAGAUAUUUAUUGAUAAUGGGUUUAAAUUACGAAUCAUUAGUGAUAAUUUACCGGGUAAGAAAGUUUUAUUAAUUUCAUUGCCAAUAUAUCAAAAUAUUAUAUUCUCCCUUGAUGAUUUUUAUGAAUUAAUAAAUUUAAUUAAUGAACAACCAUAUAAUAAUAAUAUUAAAUGUAAUAAAAUUAGAAAGAUUGUUGCCAUGAAAGCAUGUCGUAGUAGUAUAAUGAUUGGAACAUCUUUAUCUAAUUUUAAAAUGAAUCAAAUUGUUAAUAAUCUAAGUACAUUAGAUAAACCUUGGAAUUGUCCUCAUGGCAGGCCAACAAUGAGACAUUUGGUUGAAUUAACUAAUUGGAAAACAAAUAGUUAUUAUGAUUAUGAAAUUUGA